AUCAGAUGCAAACUGCUGGAAUGAAGAAUCGCGGACUUUGCUGGAUCACGUGACGUCCAAACAGGGGAUGACCUUGAUUUUGCGGAUGGCUGUAUCGGACCGCCCUGGGUGUGCGGAACCUGACAGAUCUCGCCGCACCGACAGGUGGAGGAGAGCUCUUUCUUCCAACAAUGUGACACAUCCAGAGGUGCUUACCCAAUUUGAUCGUCACAUCACUCUGGCGUUGACCAUGGAUUCGGGUGAAAUAAUUGCUUACCCACUGCGAGGGAUCGAGAGCUUGUGGGUCGAUCCUUUUUACUCUAUCUUGGGUAAUUUUCAACGAGCCCAGGAGGAAGCUUCUUCAGAGGAAUAUUCGAUGGACAUAGGACGUCUCCCCGUCGUUCAUUCCCAUGUAUUUGCUGCCUUCACCAGAGUGUUGAAAAUGUUACGAAAGGAAUACUGUGCAAAAGAAAAAAACGACCAUCUUCCAAUUUCUGUAGGUGCCGAAGUCUGCAUCGCCGCAUCAUCAGACAUGGAUCUCAAAACUACAACAGUAUUGAAUCCAAAUUUAAAAGUACUUAAAGCUUUCUAG